AUGAAGAGUAGAGGAGGGAUUUUCCUCUCGACCUCAUCCCUUGCAAGGACACCGGGAUCACUCCUUAGAGGCUUUUCCCCCUCCUCCCUCUGUCUCCCUUUCCAGCAGGGGAUUCUUCCGGCGGUGACGAUGCUGAAGCUUUUUGGAAUCCUCUUUUUCUGUGGCCUCCUCUCGCCCUCUCGGGAAGUCUUGUCUGGUCUGUCCUGCGCCGUCAGCCCAGGGGCCCUGCAGAAAGUUCUCUCCGAUGCCAUACUGCAGAACGGGCUCCUCCAGCAGCACCUGCAGGGCCUCGUGCUCCCAAACAUCAUGGGUGAAGGGGGUCUGCUGAACUCUCCCACCAGCAUCACGGGCCUGCACCUCGUCCAGGUCCGGCUGCCCAAGCUGUCGGUGGUGCUGCUGCCAGGGAUCGGCGUCCAGCUCAGCAUCGCCGCCAAGCUGGAGCUCGGCGGCAACUGCUUGGUUGGCCUCCUUUCCGAACUAAUCGAUGUCUUUGUGGAUGUGAACAUUACCGCAAACAUUAAGUGCACGAAUUUCGAGUCGGGCACAGUGCAGGUGGUCAUUGAAGACUGCCUCUGCAUCCUCGGUGCCAUAAGGAUCAAGCUCCUCUCUGGCUUACUCUCCCUGUCAGUGAAUGAGAUCGUGCUCAAGCAGCUGACAGCCACUCUGCCCGGUUUGCUGUGUCCAGUGGUUGACAUCGUGGUGAACCUGGUGAACAUCCAGCUCCUGGGCACUCUCAACGCGGUGAUCCCGGUCGGCACGGCAGGAACCAUUCACUACCAGCUCGCCAGCCUCCCCUUCACCUCCGGCUCGUUCCUCGGCCUGGAUUUAGACGGUGCAGUGAAGCAGGUGGGAGGCAGCAUCAUCCCCCAUGACUCGUCCCCCUCUGCCUUGCCUCCGCUGCUGGACAAGCUCCUGGUGCUGGGGCUGCGCCAGAGCUUCCUCAACGCGGUCCUGUCCCUCCUGGUCCGGAUACCCCCACAGACCUUCACCUGCACCCCUGAAAUCUUCUCCAGUGCUGGCAACCUGCAGAAAGCCAUCGCCACCCUGCUCCCCACGGGGUGCUCUGCCUGCCGUGGCACCGGCCCUCUGAGCAUUAGGCUGACGCUGGCUGGGAGCCCGCUCAUCCUCUUGGAAGAUAGGAAAGCCACCGUUGAGCUUUCGGUGCUGGUUCAGGUGUUCGUCAGGCGUUCAGAUGGACCCAUCCUCAACGUCCUGCUGCUGAAGGCUGAUCUCGGUCUAAAUGUGCACGUGUCGAUUGCUGGUGGCCGGCUGGUGCUGGGGCUGUCCAUGGGCGGCACUUCCCUCUCCUUGGAGUCCUCUGAAGUUGGCAUCAGUAACAUCUCGAGCCUGAGGCCCCACUGCAGCAGUCUGCUGGCCGAGACCUUAGUGCCCCUCAUCAACGGUGCUCUGGGCAUCGGGAUCCCUCUGCCAAACGUGCUGGGCAUUCCCUUAAUAAAGGUGGACAUCCAGAUCCUAGCGGGCCUGCUGGUGAUCCUGGUGUGAGCUGGGCAGGGGAGGCACCGGGGGCUCUGCCGGGGCAGAGG